UCAGCUGCCAGUGUUUAUAUGCAUCACAGACAUAGAGUGUUACGAUUUGUGAAGUAGAAAUUUGUUCUGAUACACAUUAUACCAGCUUUACCAUGCUUCAAUAUAAUGAUUUCAACAGUACCUACAACAUGACAAAUUCUUCCUCAACCGAUUUGAGAUUUGUAGAUCUUUCAGAAAACAUACCAGUUUAUUUCCAUAGCGAAAAUGAUCUUCAAAUUCAGAUGGUCCUCGUUAUAUCUAUUUUUGGAAUUGUCGGAAAUGUGCUCACGCUCUCUAAAAUCGUGUUCGACAAGGCAUAUCAUCGCACGGUGUUUUAUGUCAUCGGCUCUAUAAUAUUCACGGAUCUCGUGAACUUGUGUCUGUAUUUCAUUCAUGCAAGAAUAGAUGACACCCACUUUACGCUUGGAGAUCUACCCUGCAAGGUAUUUCUGAUCGUCUUUUAUGGCGCCACCCAUUCGAGCGCAGUCCACGUGGUAUUGCUGUUCGGACUCCGAAGUUACAUGGUUUCAGAGCCAAUCAAGGUUAACAAGAUCACCAUGCGACACUUAAUUGGGGCAUCAUCAGUUUUGUGGAUUCUGAGUGCGUGUUUUGCUGUCUUGUACUUCUUGCUUCGAUAUGAAUCUGGUAUACAGUCACCCAUCUACGUGAUCGUAACAUUUAGAGUCUACCUUAUUAUCAUCCCUACCCUCCUGAUUGUGACUUUCCACGUACGGAAGACCCGCAAACUGGAACAACGAUCUAUUAACAAACGUAACGUUGAAAACAAUAUCAUCAAAAUGUCUCUGGUGACCUCUGUUAUUCUCUUUUCCUACAUGUCCUCGGCCAUACUGUUUCUACUGUGUUAUAUUUUGUCAUUGCACAGUUUACGAAGUUUGGAGGGGAAACUUCUGGUGGCUGCGCAGUUUGCCUGGUUAAUAAACUCUAUUUUGAGUCCUUUCAUAUAUUUCAUAGCGGUACUGCGUGUUCAACGUCAUUUAAAGAGUGCCACUACAGCCAUAAAAAACAUUUGCUGUUCGACAUGUACAACGAACAAACAAAAUGUUUAG